UUGGACUGUGGUAGAGUAGAAGGUUCUGCCGGAGACUUAGAUUUGGCCUCCAUGUGAAAUGAAAGUAGGAAACUGCACGCGCGUAUCUGUUGCUGUCAGGAUGCUGGUUCAGUGGUCAUGCCUGAAGAGGGAGGUGCUGUUCUAGAGAGCUGAUGGCCAGCACGGGUGGAUGCUGGUCCUAGGUGUCAAGCUUCUACCCUUUCUACUGGAGUGAAAAUCCCCUCCAGGUACAACAGCACACCAACUACAGAAAAUGCCUUGUGUUCUAAGGAUGUCAGCAACCUAGAUUCAUGUACCUGUCUGCACAGUUGUGGAUGGUUUGCCAUCUGAGAGCUCCUCGAGUUCUAUCCAGGCCCCGUGUCUGUUUCUGACAUGUCUCUGCUUCAUGCUUUGGGCCCAGUGCAGACCUGGCUGGGACAAGAGCUGGAGAAAUGUGGCAUCGAUGCCAUGAUUUAUACUCGGUACGUCCUCAGUCUCCUGCUGCAUGACAGCUAUGACUACGACCUGCAGGAACAGGAGAAUGACAUCUUCCUGGGCUGGGAAAAAGGAGCUCCUAAGAAAUGGGGGAAGAGUAAGAAGAAGUGCUCUGAUCUGACGCUGGAGGAGAUGAAGAAACAGGCUGCUGUCCAGUGUCUUCGAUCUGCUUCUGAUGAAAGCUCUGGGAUCGAGACCUUGGUGGAAGAACUCUGCUGCAGACUGAAAGACCUGCAGAGUGAGCAAGGUGAGCGUGCAGUUCACAAGCAGAGGCCACACUCAGAAGAGAAGAUUCACAAAAAGUUAGAGGGGUCUCCCUCUCCAGAGGCAGAAUUAUCCCCUACAGCAAAGGAUCAAGUGGAAAUGUACUACGAAGCAUUUCCACCACUUUCUGAGAAGCCAGUUUGCCUGCAAGAAAUCAUGACUGUGUGGAACAAGUCCAAAGCCUGCUCUUACUCCAGCUCCUCUUCAUCGUCCACAGCCCCCCCAGCAAGCACAGACACAUCCUCUCCCAAGGACUGCAAUAGCGAAAGCGAAGUCAUCAAGGAAAGACGCUCUGAAGUGUCCACUGCUGUGCAUGAGAAAGCCCAGGGCAGAGGCAGACACGAGAAGGAGGACAAGCUGAGCAGUGGCCCUGCUGAAGAAAGGCCUGCCUUGUAUAGAAAGCAAAUGCGGCACAAACCUGAAGGGAAGGUCCGCCCUCGCUCCUGGUCUUCCGGCUCUAGUGAAGCAGGCUCAAGUUCAAGUGGGAAUCAGGGAGAAUUAAAAGCAUCCAUGAAAUAUGUCAAAGUAAGACACAAGGCACGAGAAAUUCGAAAUAGAAAAGGGCGGAAUGGGCAAAGCAAGCUGUCACUGAAGCACAGUGACAAGACAGAGAGAAGCAUCCACGCAGGUGGCAGCAGCAGCAGCAGCGGGUCUGUGAGGCAGCUGUGCAAGCGCGGCAAGAGAGCAGCCAAGGAGACAGGCAGGAGAGAUCCAGCCAGCACUGCAGGGAGGGACCUGUAUGCAGAGAGCAGAAACGACACCGAGUAUAAAGAGGAGCCGUUGUGGUACACCGAACCAAUUGCUGAAUAUUUUGUUCCUUUGAGCAGAAAAAGCAAACUAGAGACCACAUACCGAAACAGACAAGAGUCAAGUGCUCUGACGUCAGAGGUGGUGGAAGACUUGUCUGAGUCAGUGCAUGGUCUGUGUAUCAGCAACAAUAAUACUCACAGAACAUACCUCGCAGCAGGUACUUUCAUUGAUGGUCACUUUGUAGAAAUGCCUGCAGUUAUAAAUGAGGAUAUUGACCUCACUGGGACCUCAUUAUGUUCUCUACCAGAGGACAACAAAUACCUAGAUGACAUUCAUCUAUCAGAAUUAACACACUUCUAUGAAGUGGAUAUUGAUCAAUCCAUGUUGGAUCCUGGUGCCUCAGAAACCAUGCAAGGAGAAAGUCGGAUUUUGAAUAUGAUUCGACAAAAAAGCAAAGAGAAUACAGAUUUUGAGGCAGAAUGUUGCAUAGUGUUAGAUGGUGUGGAGUUGCAAGGGGAACGUGCAAUAUGGACAGAUUCUACCAGCUCUGUGGGUGCUGAGGGCUUGUUUCUGCAAGACCUUGGCAAUCUGGCUCAGUUUUGGGAGUGCUGUUCGUCCAGCUCCGGCGAUGCCGACGGAGAGAGCUUUGGAGGAGACUCUCCAAUUAGACUCUCUCCGAUCUUGGAUGGCACAAUGCUCAAUUCACACUUGCUUGCUGGCAAUCAAGAGCUCUUCUCAGAUAUUAAUGAAGGAUCUGGUAUAAACUCUUGUUUUUCAGUGUUUGAAGUGCAAUGCAGUAAUUCUGUUUUACCAUUUUCUUUUGAAACACUCAACUUGGGAAAUGAAAAUACAGAUUCUAGUGCUAAUAUGCUUGGGAAAACACAGUCUAGAUUACUAAUAUGGACCAAAAAUAGUGCCUUUGAAGAAAAUGAACACUGUUCUAAUCUUUCAACAAGAACUUGUAGUCCAUGGUCCCAUUCAGAAGAAACACGUUCAGACAAUGAGACAUUAAACAUUCAAUUUGAAGAGUCCACACAGUUUAAUGCAGAAGAUAUUAAUUAUGUAGUUCCUAGAGUCUCGUCAAAUUAUGUAGAUGAAGAACUUCUAGAUUUUUUGCAAGAUGAAACUUGCCAGCAGAACAGUAGAACUUCAGGAGAAAUUCCUACAUUAGUUUUCAAAAAAAGAUCUAAGCUAGAAUCUGUCUGUGGUAUUCAGCUAGAACAAAAAACAGAAAACAAAAACUUUGAAACUACACAAGUAUGUAGUAAAAGCAGUCCACACGGAGAUGGCUACAGCUCAGGGGUUAUCAAAGACAUUUGGACAAAGAUGGCAGAUGAAAAUUCUGCAACUACAGUAGAAAUAGAAAGAAUUGAUGACGAGUUGUUUUCCACCGAUGUAAAUAACUACUGCUGCUGUCUGGAUGCUGAAGCAAAGAUGGAGACCCUUCAGGAGCCCCGUAGAGCUGUGCAACGAUCUGAGUAUCAUCUCUGGGAGGGACAGAAGGAGAACCUAGAGAAGAGAGCGUUUGUUUCCAGUGAGCUAUCAAAGGUGGACGGUGGGGAUUAUACUACACCCUCUAAACCUUGGGACGUGGCCCAAGAUAAAGAGAACACAUUCAUUCUUGGAGGGGUUUAUGGAGAACUCAAAACCUUCAGCAGCGAUGGGGAGUGGGCAGUUGUACCACCUGGUCACACAAAAGGAAGCUUGUUACAGUGUGCAGCGUCUGAUGUUGUGACAAUAGCUGGAACAGAUGUCUUCAUGACCCCAGGAAACAGCUUUGCUCCUGGCCAUAGGCAGUUAUGGAAACCCUUCAUGUCAUUUGAACAAAAUGAUCAGCCGAAGAGUGGGGAAAAUGGAUUAAAUAAGGGAUUUUCUUUUAUCUUCCAUGAAGACUUACUAGGAGCUUGCAGUAACUUUCAAGUUGAAGAUCCCGGACUUGAAUAUUCAUUCUCUUCCUUUGACUUAAGCAAUCCAUUUUCCCAAGUUCUUCAUGUGGAAUGUUCAUUUGAACCUGAAGGGAUUGCAUCUUUCAGCCCCAGUUUUAAACCGAAAUCAAUCCUCUGCUCUGAUUCAGACAGUGAAGCUUUCCACCCUAGGAUAUGUGGAGUUGAUAGAACGCAGUACAGAGCUAUUCGGAUCUCUCCUAGGACUCACUUUCGCCCAAUUUCUGCAUCUGAACUGUCCCCAGGAGGAGGAAGCGAGUCGGAAUUUGAAUCUGAGAAAGACGAAGUAAAUAUUCCCAUUCCUUCUCAGGUUGAUGUAUUUGAAGAUCCACAAGCAGAUCUCAAACCUCUGGAAGAAGAUGCAGAGAAAGAAGGCCAUUACUAUGGAAAAUCAGAACUUGAAUCUGGAAAAUUCCUUCCAAGAUUAAAAAAGUCUGGAAUGGAAAAGAGUGCUCAGACAUCACUGGAUUCCCAGGAGGAGUCAACUGGGAUUUUGCCAGUCGGGAAGCAAAAUCAAUGUUUGGAAUGUAGCAUGAAUGAAUCUCUGGAAAUAGAUUUAGAAAGCUCAGAAGCAAAUUGUAAAAUAAUGGCACAAUGUGAGGAAGAAAUUAAUAAUUUUUGCAGUUGCAAAGCAGGUUGUCAGUUCCCUGCUUAUGAAGAUGAUCCAGUUUCUUCAGGACAGCUGGAGGAGGUAUGUCUGUGCACGUCAGCAUUUGGCACAGGAUUGGAUCAGAUUGGGAAGAAAGAAAAGGAGGAAGGAAGCACGAUUCCGCAUCACACCACUACCACACUCCUUCGCUUUCUAUUUCCUGUAUUGAACACUAAUGUACAAGAAAUGAAUAGAAGUCAAGAAAAGCAGACCUGGUGGGAAAAAGCCUUGUACUCUCCUCUCUUCCCUGCAUCAGAGUGUGAAGAAUGUUAUACAAAUGCCAAGGGAGAGAAUGGUAUAGAAGAGUAUCCAGAUGUUAAAGAAAUACCCAGUAAUGAAGAGCGUCUGUUAGAUUUUAAUAGGGUGUCUUCUGUUUAUGAAGCAAGAUGCACAGGAGAGAGAGGUUCUGGGGCGAAUCCAAACGGCCUCCGCAGGAAGACAUGUUCCAGCGCCAGCUCCAGCCCGGGGGACUCGGGCUCCGAAGGUGGUGGCGAGUGGGUGGGCCCCAGCGAAGAGGACCUCUUUUCCCGCACUCACCUCUAACCUGCAGAGUAGUACAAAUUAUUUUUAAACCAUAUGUGAUGGGAAUUGCCCUUCUGUGAGGCCUGUUACUCUAAAGCAACAAAUAGGUUUCUUCUUCAAUUAACUGAUUCAGAUCAGUAAUUAUCUUUCUCUUCUUGCUUAUUUUAGAGUUGAGGACAGCUGUCCUGUUGAAGAUUUUUUUUUCCAAGCUGUUAAAUUCUUGGCUAUUUGAAAUAGACUAGCUUGUGUUGUGGAAUCCAGAUGGGUGUGCAUGUGCUUGUCGUAGAGGUGCCGCUGCGCCUGCACCAUCCCUGCAGCCCCGCCCCUCACUGCAGUCAUGUCGGUACACCGUCGCAUCGCAGUGUCCACACCACUCCUGCUGCUCAGAGACGUGGCUUUGUUCUCAGUCCCUGGGAGAUGCGUCCUGCCCUCUGUGGAUCAGGCCUUUGCGAGGGCAGGAGGGAAGCCUGAGUGACAUGGCCAUGGUCUCCCUUCAGUCAGAUCUCAUGUGCAUUCAAAGUAGAAACCACAGAGGCGUGCUUUUAGAGACCCACCAAAUACCGCGUUUCUGUCUUAGGAUCCCCCACCCCAAAGUAUCAUGAAGAUACUGUGGUUUGUGACUUUUUUGCUAACUGAAGAUGCUAAGGACUUGGGCCGUGGGGUGGUAAAUGAGGCAGAGUGGGUGAGACACCCACCCUGCCUGCCCCGAGCUGGUGUUGCAGUGCGUGGACACCAGAAAGCCGUCAGGGCUCUUCGUGCUGAGUCUGACAGCACACAGUGAGGACCUUGGUUGCACAUUUUAUUUUCUGGUGACUACAUUAAAUUAAAGCCCCCAAAACUUGAAGUUAUAAACAUUUGACAUGAGAUAAAGGCCACCUUAUCACCCCAAAGAAAUCUUUGGCUGCUGCAGCUAGCUGCUCUUGUGGCUGUGAUAUAAUGUAGCUUCUUAUAUCAUCUUGUGUUGGAGAGAAGGUUCUGGAUGAGUUGUGUGUGCGGUGGGUUGGGUGGGUAGAGUAGUUUUCCCACAUGCCCAUGUGGCCCCUCAUGUGACCUGCUUUGCAGCACCUUGGUGAGUCUGAGAGUCGGUGCACCUCGUGCAGGUCACACUUGUGCGUGCAGACACCUCCUCGAGCUCUCCCAACACAACAGUUUGAAGCCAGGAGGAGCACUAUCUGCAAAGCCUGGACGUUUUAGGUUGUUUUUCUCUUUUAAUCAGUGCAUCAUUUUAAAAACACCUAAUCUGUGAAGUCAGUUUAGCAUCUGUGAUAUCGGGAAUGGCGGUGAUGUCCGACGUGGCCGAGACAGCUUUACCACUUGCUUCAGGCAGCAGACGCACCUGAUUAGCUAGGAGCUGAGCUGCCUGUGAAGUACCUGAUUUGCUUUGAGCAUGUGAGUUUAUCGCCUUUUUCCCAAUAACAGAAACACCGUGGAAGGCUGUGGAGUCGCCGAGGCUCCGUGUGUCCUCACCAUGAGAGGCCUGAUGUGAUCCUCUGGUGCCAUCUCGCCGUCGUGGGGGUUUGUCUUUAUACAGCACAUCUUUUGACACUUUACAGUGGGUUUGUGUGUGCGUGUGUGCAUGUGUGAGGUUUUAUGUUGCUAUUAUUUAUUUACAGACAUCAGAUAAGUUUUUAUGUAUUUUUCUUUUUUCUGGAGCUUCCUAAAAAUUGAUUAGCAUCUGCACUGAAAUAUAAUUUAACAACAACAGCAGAAAAGGAUUGGAAGUUGUAAAAUUCCUAAAAUCACUGCGGCAACGAUGAUCUUAGAAAUCGUUGCUUACGUAGCAGAGACCAAAUAAGUAGAUUUCAGACACAACCUUGAGCUCAGUUGGUUUUGGACAGCUGCUGUUCAUCAGGAAAGGGCUUCAGGUGGCAGAGUGCCACCUCCUCAGGCGUGGGACGGUGGAGCACCUUCCACAGGGAAUGGGGACGGAUAAUAGAUGGGCCAAGGGAUUAACAAAUUCUGUAUUUAUUUGUUUUAAUAGUUAAGUGACUAAAACUCAGAGGCUUUCAGCAACAGAGUUGAAAGUGUGGUUUUUAGUUUUGUGAAUGGAUGAUCACAAAAAGCAUUAAAAAAAUAAAUAAAGUUGGCAAACGCUGAAGCGCACUGUGGUAUGAAGCGCGUUGCAUCUCCAUGGCACUGAAGUACCAGUUUCCAUUCCUGGGCUGAGAUUUUUUUCCCGUGGUUGUAUUGUUCUGAUUUCACGUACACCAGAGUAACUGAUUUUUUUGUUUGUUUUGUUUUCUUGUGGAGUUAACACCAAAUAAAAAGUUUUAAAAAGA